CGUUCAAAAGCUCAAUAUCGGGAGUGUUACUGUAUAAAUCGCUUCUUUAAGUGUUGCCCAAACUGUCUAGAUAUUCAUCUCCUCAACAACAUUCCGAACCAGAGGACGAAUUCUGCGCCGUAAAGAGCAUAAUUCAGAGCAUAUACCUAACCUAGUCACAAUGUCUGGUGAAGACGAUGAAGAUGAUUACAUGAACAUGACGUUUGAAGAUCCUACCCCAGCGAAAGAGUCCUCAGUUCAGCGCGCUCAGCGUCUUAAAAAGGAAUCCCGCGCUCGGGGCAUCAUUAAAUCCAAGGCAGAGCUCGCCCAAGAAGAAGCUGCUGCGAGAGAAAAGGCACUCUCAACCUCCCUGCUGGAUGACCCACGCUCAAAAAAGAGUAAAGGCCUUGCCAUGAUGGCAAAGAUGGGCUUCAAGGGUGGCAGUCUGGGGAGAAAGACUGAAGACGGCCAAAGCGCCGGCAAGUCAGAGCCUAUCCAAAUCAGCAUGAAGGAAGACCGUGGCGGCAUUGGCUUGGACAGCGAGAAGAAGAGAAAGCUUCAAGAAGCAUUUGAGGAGCGAGAUGCCAAGUCCGUCAAAGUCGAUCCUAAUGAGUACCGCGAGAGGAUGAGGAUGGAGAGAGAGGACGCCAGACUGGAAGUGCAACUCCAUGCUGCACAACGCACGGCGGAGAGGUUGGACGAUGAAAAGGCUGGAAAAGAAGACACACCCGAGCCAACGUCAUCUUCCGAAGAAGCAGAAACCUCUGAGUCGAAACAGCGUCCGAUAUCAUCUCGCCCGCUCAAGUCUUUCCCCGUUGUCUAUCGAGGCUUGAUUCGACACCGUGAAGAAAGAGAGCGUGAUCGGCGGAUGAGGCAUGACUUGGAGCAGUCCCUCUCUCGGUUGCCGACAUACGAAAGCGGUGACGAGGACGAAGACGACAAAAAGGCCCUGGGCAAGAAACACACUAUAUACGCCACUGCGGAUGAUCUGGAUGAGGUGGAUGAAGAGCUGGACGAAUUUAAUGCCCUUGAUGCUGGCACUAGGUUGAGCCGUCUGGUUAUGUACUUGCGAGAGACGCAUUGGUAUUGCUUUUGGUGCAAAAUGGCGUAUCCGAAUGCUGAGAUGGACGGGUGUCCGGGUUUAACGGAGGAAGAUCACGAUUAACAGAGUACUUUGUCAAAUACAUAGCAUCUUGGUGUAGCCUCUUUCCUCAAUAUAUACCCUCUACUGCC